AUGCUCUUUAAAAUUGUUCGGAAUGCUUUAAUCACAUUUCAAAAAUCCACUCCCAAGUUUUAUUUCAAUCAGACUAUUGAGCCAAAACAAUAGCAAUCACAACAGGAUGAAAUGUAUUCAACUGUAUUAGCUACAGAACAAUACAAGUACAAAUUUAAUUAUAUUUGUGGUUGAU